UCAACUGUUCAAUCCCCUAAAAAAGACUGUGAAACUCGCCAGAAAAAUGAUCCGCCAAUUCUCACGAUUCACCAGCUCGGGCCCCGGCCUCGAGAAGACUCUGCGUCUCAUUCAGGCGCUCGCCCAGAUUGUUUCCGCGCUCUCCGUCGAGGCCACCACGGCUGCCCGUUGGGGAGUCGCUAAGUCGCAAUUGGGAUUGACACGGAGGUACUUUCGCUUCUUCAAUUUCAUUGAGUUCUUUGGCUCUGCAUAUAAUCUUGUUCUGGGCACCGAGGCCAAUCUCGGUGUCUUCUCGCUGAUCCAAGUCGGCAAAUGGAGCUGCCUGGGAUUGUAUACUGUCCUCGAGGAUUUAACUCUGCUUGAUGCAAUGGGCGUCUGGUCCGCCCCGUGGAACCAGGCUGUUUUCAUCGAAGCCAACAAGUUCUGGUUCUACGCCUUGUCACUGUCUAUUCUUGGGUCUGUAUAUGAACUGGCCUUCGCUAGUGGUGGUCCAACACAAAAGCCAGUGUCUGAGAAGCCGAAGUCCGCUUCUGAAAAGCCUGGUAAAAAGGAAAAGGCGACGAAGCAGGCACCUGCCACAGAACAAAAAGUCUCCAAGAAGAAUAUCAUCAAGCAGAUUGUAAUUAGCGGCUGUGACUUGAUGAUUCCGGGGUCUCUCCUUGGUUGGACGCCCAUGGGGAGUGAGACGGUGGGCAUGGCGAUGGUGUUGAGCACUAUGCUUCAACUGCCGGAUCUCUGGGCGAAAGCUCAGGGAAACUAAUGUCAGUACAACUGUUUGCUGAGUGGGGACUCGGGCAUGCUAUAAAUAUGUUAAAUGGAGGCAGUCUUCAGAAGAAUUGGGCGGUGGCUGCGUCAAAACGAACUGUUGGGUUAUAAGAAGGGCUAGAGUCAUAUAAAAGAGGUUUAGAUUUCUUGUUACUUCCAAGAUACUCCUUUAGUAGAGCUGCCCUGUUUGAAUCAAACCGUCUCG